GCACCCAGCCCCUCAGCCUCAGACAGAGCCUGUCCAGUGUGCUGCACAAGUCCUGAGACCCACCAGCUCAGGGAAGUAGUCCAGCCACCAGAGACAGUUCUCAGAAUCACACAGACCUAGGAGAAUGACUUUACUAUUCUAGUUCUACUGUUCUAGUUCUACUGUUGUAGUCGUAUACCAGGCUCAGUCUGUGAGCUAGUCCAGAGCUGGUUGAUAUUUACUCUGAAAUUCUCCAGUACUGUAGUCCAGUGGCUCACCUUAGUCCUCCUCUUAGUCCUGAACUGUGAUCAUUUAGUGGAGUACCUGAGCAGAUCUACACAAGUCACGUGUAUCUAGUGAGACCCACCAGCCAGUCCUUUUUACCUGAGACCUCUGCAGAGAAGCUACAACCAUGCAGCGCUCACACACCUUCCUCCUCUUCCUCUUCCUCCUCGUAAUCGUUGGGAUGGCGCUGGCCAGCUCGUCCACGGCUCGGAGAAGCAGAGUGAGACGUCAGAACAUGAAGGUGAGGAUCAACGCUACAGGUGACACCAUCGUGAUGAAGUUUGUCCGUCCCAACGCUGACACCAAGCUGGAGGGCUACAUCUUGGGCUACGGCAGCAGUAUGUUCUCUAAACAGUUCAUCCAACUCCCAGAGAACGGACUGCCCUACGAGACCGAGAUCGAUGCGGAGCCCAAGUAUCUGAUUGCUGUCCAGCCCAUCCCAGUCAACGAUGUGAAGAAACAGUGCACAGGCAAGGUGAACCUGGAGAAGCCCUUGCACCUGGUGAUUGGGUCCGUGACCCCCACCUCGGUGAUGCUGUCCUGGGGGACCUUCCUCAAGACGCCCUACGAGGGGAACAUCAUGAACGACUGCCUGGAGGAUGGGCACUACACGGUGCGUUACCGUGAGAGGAACAGGAAGUGGACUCAACAGAUGUGCCCUACCAGCGACAUGGUCAUCGACAACCUGAAGCCCAACACGGCCUAUGAGUUCGGUGUCCAACCCAACAACAAGGAACGCAGCGGAGUGUGGAGCAAGCCAGUCAUCCACAAUACCAACAUGGAGAAGGCCAUGCAGAAACCUUACAGACCAAGGACCCCUCUGACGCCUGUGAAAACGGCCAACAUGCCACGGGCCUUCUUCCCUCCUCGUCACGCUGUCCAUAACAGGAGCCAGGGCAGAACCCUCUUCAGGACCCCUAUGGCUCCAAGGACCACCUUCGCGCCAACCUCAGCCAAUAGACAGCACUUCCUGUCCUCUCCAAGACCCACAAUGCCUAUGAUGCAGAACGAGCCAACCGAUACCAGCUUCCUGAGACCUUUGACCCCCACCGAGCUUCGCUCUCCUAUAGGCUCUGCCAUUGCCACGGCAGCCAGGAACACAACGUUGCCUCGUGGUCGCGUCUCUCUCUACUCCACCCCUAAUGGCAUCAGACCUCUCUCUCUACCCAGGAACAACAACACCAACUCCUCCCUCCCCUCCGUCACACAAGGGGCCGACGGGGAGCACCACAAGGGCCUUGCUCUUCCCAAACCUGCAGUCUGGUCCGGAAACCGACUGGUCUCCCCUGCAGUCCUGCGUCCAUCUCUUCCUGUCAACAAGAGGCCCAACCUGGUUGGGAAAACAGGGAACAAGGAUAUGCCCAUAGACCUGAAGCAGGGAGACAAGGCAUCCAUCUUGAAUCCUUUCCCUCUGGUUACGGCUAAGCCCGCCAAACAAAAGACCACAACCAUCGCCCCGGCCUUGAAUGCCACUCGUAAUGAGACGGCUGACAACUCCUCUGUGUUCAGCUCUCUGCCUGCUUCGGACGUGGACGCCUUGGGCAAGAAGCGCUUCAUAGCCCCUCAUGUGAUCUAUAAGACGGAUAAGAAGCCAGAGGAGCCGUGUUCCAUAACACACUCCCUCAGCUUCUUCCCUGAGGAGGAGGGGGUGGAGCAGAACGUCACCGCACCCCCCCGCUCAUCCCCCUCCAACGUCACUGUGGUGACCGUGGAGGGAUGCCCCUCCUUCAUUAUCCUGGAUUGGGAGAAGACUGACAACGACACCACAGAGUAUGAGGUCAUUUCAAGGACCCAAGGACCCAAUGGAGAAGAGGUCUCCAUCCUGACUACCAACCAGACUCACACUGCUGUGGAGAAUUUAAAACCAGAGAGCAGUUACGAGUUCAAAGUGAAACCCAAGAAUGAGCUUGGGGAAGGGCCUGCCAGUGAGCCAGUGUCGUUCAACACAGAGUCAGCGGACCCUCGGGUGAGCGAGAAUGUCUCAGGUAAAGCUGCUAUCUGGACACAGUUCCCCUUCAAGGCCGAUUCCUACUCGGAGUGUAACGGGAAGCAGUACGUGAAGAGGACCUGGUACCGCAAGUUUGUGGGCAUCCAGCUGUGCAACUCCCUUAGAUACAAAAUCUACAUGAGCGACUCGCUCAACGGCAAGUUCUACAACAUCGGGGACCAGACUGGUCAUGGGGAGGACCACUGCCAGUUUGUAGAUUCUUUCCUGGACGGACGAACAGGCAGCCAGAAACUGGCCGACCAGCUACCCAGCCGAUCAGGUUUCUACCGGGCUAUGCGUCAGGAACCGGUCAACUUCGGCGAGAUCGGAGGGAACUCGCACGCCACCUACGUCGGCUGGUACGAGUGCGGAACACCCAUACCUGGGAAAUGGUAAGACCUCUCCAUCAAGGAGGUGGCCAGGAAGAUGCCUGACUGAAAGAAGGAUUAUCUUACAAGGGUGAAAGGAGGACUGAGGGGAGGUGGGCUUCUCUGUUACCAUGGAGACACGCCUUUCUGUCUGUCUAUCUGUCAGAUGGCAACAGCCCACAUUCCAUUGUAUAAAAGUAUAUAGGAUCAUACUGUGUCACGGAACUCUGUUAGGCAAAUUUGUCAUAUUUCCUUAUGUCUCAUCUCACUAUUUAUCAAACACGACAACAUGAGAAAAUACUCAAAACCUGUAAACAUGGAAAAGAAGUUGAUAAAGGUUUUUCAGAGUGCUUCAUUAAAUAUGAACACCGGAAACUGUUGGGAAGCUGGCUCCCUAAAAAUGUAA